AUGAUGGGAACAAUAGCUGAAAGAGUUGAAAGCUUAUCAUUGAGUGGAAUAUCAUCAAUCCCAAAGGAAUACGUGAGACCAAAAGAAGAGUUAACAAACAUAGGAAACAUCUUUGAGGAAGAGAAAAAGGAAGAAGGUCCACAAGUUCCAACCAUUGAUAUAAAGGAAAUAAACUCUUCAGAUGAAAUAGUGAGGAAGAAAUGCAGGUUCAAGUUGAAGAAAGCUGCAGAGGAAUGGGGGGUGAUGAAUUUGGUGAACCAUGGAAUAUCUGAUGAGUUGCUUGAGAGGUUGAAGAAAGCUGGUGCAACGUUUUUUGAGUUGCCUGUUGAAGAGAAAGAGAAAUAUGCUAAUGAUCUAAGUGCUGGGAAGAUUCAAGGCUAUGGAAGUAAGUUGGCUAAUAAUGCUAGUGGUCAACUUGAAUGGGAAGAUUAUUUCUUUCAUCUUAUUUUUCCUCAAGAUAACUGUGAUUUGUCUCUCUGGCCUAAGACACCUGCUGAUUAUACUGAGGUUACACUUGAAUAUGCAAAGGAACUAAGAGCCCUAGCUAGCAAGAUAAUGGAAGUAUUAUCUCUUGAAUUAGGGUUAGGAGGAGGAAGAUUAGAGCAAGAAGUUGGUGGAAAAGAAGAGCUUUUACUCCAAAUGAAAAUCAAUUACUACCCAAUUUGCCCUCAACCAGAGCUAGCACUUGGAGUUGAAGCUCAUACUGAUAUAAGUUCACUCACUUUCCUCCUCCAUAACAUGGUGCCAGGUUUGCAACUUUUCUAUGGAGGAAAAUGGAUCACUGCAAAAUGUGUACCUGGUUCAAUUCUCAUGCAUAUUGGUGACACAAUUGAGAUUCUCAGCAAUGGAAAAUACAAGAGUAUUCUUCAUCGUGGUUUGGUGAAUAAGGAAAAAGUUAGAAUUUCUUGGGCUGUGUUUUGUGAACCACCUAAGGAGAAAAUUAUUCUUAAGCCACUUACAGAACUUGUUACUGAAACUGAACCAGCCCGUUUUCCACCUAGGACUUUUGCUCAGCAUAUUCAUCAUAAACUUUUUAGGAAGGAUGAGGAGGAGAAGAAGGUGAUGGAGGAGAAGGUGGAAGAUGAUGUUAAAAAAUAA